UUAUCUCUUAACUUUCGUAUUUGAGGCUCCUUCGACGGACACCAGACCUUGUUAUAUCGAGAGUCGGACGUGCAGUGCCCUUCGACCCGGACGUCACCCUUUGAGACCGUAUUUUUUUUUUUCAGUUUAUAGUGGCAGAAUCCAAUGGCCAACUGGGUGGAUUUAAUUGCUUUGCUCGUGACAGUAACCAUCUGUGGUGGUAUCGUAUAUGGGAUCCUUCACGCGUCGAGCUGUCUCUCGGCAAGCGUGGCCUCCACCAAGGCAAAGCUUCAGGAGAAGGGCUAUACUAUUUCGCAUACGGGAGUGUCAGUGAAAACAUCGAAACGAUUCUGUCGGGAGGACUAUGUUGAUGCAACUCAGAGGGGAGUCAUCAAGGCUAUGGGAGCAGCCAGCUUCGGGUCGUCACCUUCCGGCUCUCCCACGCUAUCGCCUCCGUUAAUGAAACGGAAUCCGUCGUCUGCUAGUGUGAACAGUCUUGACGAGAGAAAAAGGCGCGCUAUCUUUUCGCGAAACCGCAAGGAUUGAUGGCUACAUGACAUUUCGAAUCCCCAAAGCUCUGUGGGUGUGUAUCUAAAUGUGUACAUACAUUUCUCUGCGAUACGGACGAUCAAUAAUAUUCACAAACGGAUUUACAGCGGUCUCUAGACGCCAUAUUCAGGCUGUUUGGCUGUAGGCGCGAGGCAUGACAGAUUCGGCGUUCCUCUGAUUGACACGCUUGGUAUUAUGGACGUGUCACAGAGGGUUUAAAUAUUUUUUGCUUUUUGCC